UCUGCCAGCAUCUCAUACAAAGCUGGGUAUUAUUUCUCACUAUUGUCUACAAGCUGGAGGUGCAGAGACUUCAUCCUUCACAGGCACAAACCUCACACCCCACUGAUCCCAGGUUUUAGUACAGCAAAGCACGUAAUAGGUUAAUAAGUCACCUAUUAUUCCUCCUCUGGUGACAGAAGAGCUGGUGUCUGACUCCGUAAAUGUUACUCUGCGAAUCAUUUAAUGCCAAAAACUGGAGUGUAUGAAGUCCGGGAACAAUGAUGUGGAUGUAGGUCAAUCAUGUACCACCCAUGGAUGGUCUCUUUGUCUUCCGAAAGUGAAUGGAGAGGACAAAUACUUGGUGCUACACAUUAGUUGCUGAUUUAAAGACCCAGCUAUCUCAGAAGAUGGAAAAAUACGAGAACCUCGGUCUCGUGGGAGAAGGGAGCUAUGGAAUGGUGCUGAAAUGUAGGCACAAGGAAACUGGGAGGAUUGUGGCUGUUAAGAAAUUUUUAGAAAGUGAAGAUGACAAAAUGGUGAAGAAGAUAGCGAUGCGGGAAAUCAAACUUUUGAAACAAUUGCGCCAUGAAAAUUUGGUGAAUUUAUUAGAAGUGUGCAAGAAGAAAAAGAGGUGGUACUUAGUUUUUGAGUUUGUUGAUCGCACAGUAUUGGAUGAACUGGAACAAUUUCCAAAAGGACUGGACUUUAGCAGAGUACGGAAGUAUUUAUUUCAAAUCAUCAGAGGAAUUGGGUUUUGCCAUAAUCAUAAUAUCAUUCACCGUGAUAUUAAGCCUGAGAAUAUACUUGUAUCACACUCUGGUAUUGUAAAAGUAUGUGAUUUUGGAUUUGCACGUACAAUGGCUGCUCCAGGAGAAGUCUACACAGACUAUGUGGCCACGCGGUGGUACAGGGCACCAGAGCUAUUGGUUGGAGAUAUCAAGUAUGGCAAAGCUGUUGAUGUGUGGGCAAUUGGUUGUCUAGUAACAGAAAUGAUUACAGGCGAGCCUCUUUUCCCUGGAGAUUCUGAUAUUGAUCAACUCUACCAUAUCAUUAAAUGCCAAGGUAACUUAACUCCCCGACUUCAAGAGCUGUUUUACAAAAACCCAUUGUUUGUUGGCGUGACAUUACCAGAAAUCAAACAAGUUGAACCUCUUGAAAGGCGAUAUCCUGUAUUCUCUCCUUUGAUAUUAGAUUUAACCAAGAGCUGCUUACAAAUCGACCCAGACAAGAGAUCGUCCUGCACCACCUUGCUGCAACAUGAGCUUUUCAAGAAAGACAACUUUUCUGAAAGGUUCUCUCAGGAAAUCAGUGCAAAAGUGCAGAAGCUCUCGAAAGAUAUCCCAACGAAUUUGAGGAAGAAUAAAAACAGAGAACAUUCUAUGGGAGAAAAGAAAGCACUGGUAUUACAGGACUUCAACAUGACCUCCAAAGCAAAAGAAACAAAACCUUUAAAGGUGAAAAAUAUGAAGAUGGAUUUAGAAAAGGAUGACGGAACCUUUCAUGUUACCAAUUUGUAUAAUGGCCUAGAUCGUCGCAAGAGCCCAUCUGCAAUGAUUCCUCCAAUCAGCUACAACUAUACUGCAAUGUCUUCUCAUAUGGCAUCCAAUCCCGGUGCAGGAUCUGGCUCAGGGCAUAUUGCAUUAAGGGGAGAAGAAAAGAGUAAAAUGUAUAUAAGCCCUUUGAAAAAAAGUGGAAUGCCGUCUCCUAGAAAUAACUACAAUCAAAACCUCUCAACCUUGGUUUCAAAUGACAAGAACUCUCACCAAGUUAGCAAGAAAAAAUUGGAGUUUUCCAGGAUGGAUACAAAAUUGCCAGAGCUGAGUUAUGGCCAUUUUCCCGAUCUAAAGGGCCCUGAGGGUGGCUUAGUUUACUCCUCUUGGAGCUCAAAGCUGGCAAAGAAAGACAAUCGAAUCAUACCAGAGUCUCGAAUUCCAUCACUUGCUAUGAUCGAUCUUUAUAAUCCAACCACCUUGCCCCAGGUUUCAGAAAAAUUGUUGCAAGACACCCUAAAUAACCACGAAGGAAACUUCCCUCAUGUGGAGCACUUAUAGUAAACAUCAAAAUGACAAUUACAUUCCAAAUAUGCUCUAUCUUUUCUGAAAAUCUGACUGGAUUUAAAAUCAUGAAAACUUGACAAAAAAACAACACAUUUUAUGAGGCAUUUCCAAAACAUAUAUUUACUGGGGAAUAGUAACCAUGCCACUAUCCACAUAUUAUUGGAGUCAAGAUUUAUAGGCAAGAUAAUAUGUACUAUUAAAAAGGAUAAUCGGAGACCUUCAUCCACUACUAUUUUUGUCAUAGCUGUUCAAUGACUUGCACAAAUUGUCCCUAAAAAUCUUGUUCGUGCACAACUGAGGAUGUUUCACUCAUGAGCCAUGCUAUACCAAACAUUUAUAUUUUCACAAAGCUAUUUUUCCUUGCAAGACAAUGUACAGUAGUGUAAUAUUGAAAUUCUAGCCAUGGCCAAACUGAUUCAAUCAAAAACAGAAAACUGGAAACAUGGCU